GCGCACCAGCCACUUUUGCUGUGCGAGCGCCAAUCAACCGAGGUGAAGGGUACAAAAUAGCAGGCGCUUGGGGGGUGACGAUUGUCUGCGCCUAGGACCAAGGCUUUGUCUAAUUCUGAGACCAGUCAUGGCACUGCACGGCUAUAGGCCUGGGUACUGGUACCACCAGGCUCGUUGGAAGUCCGUGUCCGGGGAAGGGCCCUGGAUUACCGUCAUACUCAAUUAUGACGGUGGAGAUGAGCUGGUACUGAAGAUCAACGUGGAGGGAGCACGAGAGGGGGAGAUGCGAACUAGCCCAAAGCUGCAGGAUGCGAUUUCGGAGGCGAGAGACCGAGCGGAGAGACGCUGUAGACGGGACGGAGUGACGGCUAGGCUACAGAUAACGGUGGCUUACCACGAAACUGAGACCUCGAUGGAUACGGCGGACAUGGAGCAGAUCCACCAGGACAGAGACUCGAGAGGGGAGAGUGAGAUGAGUGACGCAGACCGAGAGACGGAUCUCAGGUCCUGGAACAGACCUGGUGAGAUCCAGAAGCAUCACCGAGCCGCAAACCCAGUAGAGGGGGGACCCGAGGCAAGCUCGCGACAACUGACACCCCGGGGUCGCAGGACGGGGGAGAAGUCGAGCAAGGGGAAAAGACAGGAGCUAGAGGAGGAGUGGUCUAGUUCAGACCCCCUAGCUUCUUGGACGGCAUUAGCUAAAGCCUCUAAGGGAGAGAUGUUCGUCGGCAAGGUAGUCAUCGACGACCGCAAGGCGGGGGCCUAUUAUGACACUUGCUCGACAAGGAACUUCAUUAGUCGCGCGUGCAUUGAGAGACUGCGCUUACAGGGGCAAGUGCAGUGCCUGAGUCGACAUGUGGAGUUGACCUGUGCCAACAAACAACGCAUGGUAGUUAAUGACUACCUCCAGGAUGUUGAGUGUUGUUUCCCGUACGAGGGAGGGGAAUUGAGACAUCGCGUCUCGUUCCUAGUGAGCGAUGAUCUCCCUAUGAAUAUCUUGUUAAGUAUGUACUACCUCUCCAUUGCACAGCCCCAGUUUGACUGGGACCGAAAAGUGGUCAAGCACAUUUUGCCAGGUGGAGGGACCGCCAAAUUGCGUAAGUUUAAGGCUAGUAGUCUGAUGGAGUCUUACGGAUGCAUGUGUGCUGCAGCGUUUUACAACUAUUAUAAGCAAAAUCUGGAGGAGGGUAUGUAUCUAGUUUAUGUCUCUGCAGCAGGCGAGCCGGUGAAAAUGCCGUCGGAGAUAGAGGGAGUAGUUGCAAAGUACCCUAAUCUAUUUGAAGAGCCGACAGAGGUUGUCGAGAGGGAGGUCGUCCACACGAUAGAGAUUAUCCCAAGGUCUAGCAUCCCGAAGGGUAGGAUCUAUCGCACGUCUCCAAGUGGGCUUGAUGAGCUUCGCCGGCAACUCAAGGAACUCGUAGAGAAGGGUUGGAUCCGUCUGAGUGUCUCCCCUUACGGAUCUCCAGUCUUAUUUGUGUCGAAGAAGGGGGGAACUCUGAGGAUGUGCAUUGACUAUAGGGGCCUCAAUGCCAUCACUGUAAAGAACAGAGAGCCCCUGCCGCGCAUCGACGAUCUGUUAGAUAGAGUGCAAGGGUGUCGGUACUUCAGUAAGAUAGAUCUGAAGUCUGGGUACCAUCAGAUUGCAAUACGGCCCGAGGAUCAGCACAAAACAGCUUUUCAGACCAGGUACGGUCUGUACGAGUUUGUGGUGAUCCCUUUCGGCCUUCGCAAUGCUCCUGGCACCUUUCAGCACGCUGUGAAUCGGAUCUUUCAUGGCCACUGGGACAAGUUUGUCAUCGUGUAUCUCGAUGACAUACUCAUUUUUAGUAGGACUGUUGAGGAACAUGUUGCGCACUUAGAUAACGUCCUCAGUCUCCUUCGGCAGCACAAGUUCAAGAUCAAUGGGGAGAAAUGCAAGUUUGGUCGCACCCAGAUCUUGUACUUGGGUCAUGAGAUUUCCGCGGAGGGUUUGAAGCCGAUGACGCGAAGGUGGCCAGCAUUCGUGACUGGCCUCGUCCUCAGUCUAUGACUGAGAUGAGGUCCUUCUUAGGGAUGAUCGGCUAGUAUCGCAAUUUUGUGAAGAACUAUAGCAUAG